AUGGCUGUAUAUCAGCACCUCAUCAUUGACAUUGUGCGAGUUAUGGAGGCAUUCAUUACACAAGCAAACACCUCUCUUCAUGGCGCGAGCAAGUAUUAUGGGGACCUUGCCAGCCCGUUGCAUCUCAGCAAGUCGACAAUGUACGGAUUGCAGACGCUCCUCGGCGAUGGAGCCAUGGUAUGGAGAUACUACAUCGUAUACGACAAGAGGAAAGCAAUCAUAUUCGCAUACGGACCUCUCCUCCUCGGAAGCGCUGUCGCAAUCGCGUACCGUAUAUUGUCAAGAAGGCUCCCAGAAACUACGCGACAAAGCAUCCUUCCAGUGGCAGCUAUCAUCAUCCAAUCUGGGGCCUUAUAUGCCUCAGGCGUGCUCGAACUACUGAUCACGUAUCUUGCGGGAACCAAUGGACAGUACGCGGCUUUAGACCUUUGCUAUCCUUUGGUGCAGAGACCAGAUAUCUCAUCGAACACCCUCAGCGGGCGCGUCUCUACCGCCCGCGGCUCGCGCACGCGCGCUAGGGGAACUGGUAUGCGCGUCAAGAACGGCCGAGUGGACGCAGAGCCUUCGUAUGCGAUGCAAGCGAGAAUCGCAGAGGAGAGAAUGCAAUACGGAGAUGAUCUCGACAUGCCAAAGGUCGACGGAGAAGGGUCUGCGAGUCAGGACCCUGCUUCUCUGUUACCGGAGCAGAACGAGCGGGUAAUUGUCAUAGACAACAGCGCCAAGCACGACAGCAGGGAGUUUGAUCAUGGCGCAGUCUGA